CUGGGCCGGCAACUGGACCGGGCCCCCCAUCCAAUUUGCUUGAUUCCGCUGAGCAGACAGAUCGGGUCGGGUCCUCCGCCGGAGCCGGCGACGAACAAGGAUGGUGAAGGCGGUGGUCGGCGACGAGGCGCACCUCAAGGCCUUCGAGGAAACGCUCGCCUCCUCCUCCUCCUCCUCCUCCUCCUCCUCUCCUCCACCUCAAGCCCAGGUGGGCCUCGUCGUCGGCAAGCUCAGCGCUUCCUCCGACCGUGCCCUCGUCUAUGCCCUUCUCCCCACGCCGCUCACCGACGCCGCCGCCCCCGCAUGCUCCCUCCGCGCCGCCCCCAAGUCCAAGCCUUCCAAGGGCGGCGGCAGAGGCUCUUCCUCCUCCUCCUCCUCCUCAGACGCCUCUCUCGACUUCGAUGUCGAAUGGAUCGCCGAGCAUGCGCGACAGGUGUCUAGGAUGCUGCUCGGUGGUAUGAGUGUUAUAGGUGCUUACCUAUGGGCUUCCGAGGCAUCAUUCAAGGCCACAUCUCCUGCUGUCUUGUCGCAGGUUAUUCGCGCGAUUUCCCAAGCUUGCUAUGGCAGUGCAUCCGGUGAGCGGCUGCUCAUCCACAUUUCUUACAGUCCUCGAAGAUGGACCUGUCGUAUAUGUGAGGUUGCCUCAGCAAGUCUGCGUCCGUGUGAUUUUAAAUACAGCAAACUAUUAUCUUCUCUUCAAACUUUCAGAUGCACAUAUAAUUUUGAGAUAAGGUUAACAUCUGUUCAAUCUGAGCUGUUUAAGAAAGUUAUUUUGAAGGCAAUCAGUCAUCUCACAGAGGAAGUGCAGAAUGCCAGAGCUUUGGUCGAUGGGCAUCUGUUUUCAGAAGACAUGAACAUUAGUACAGAGGGCGCCCACCAAGUUGAUUUUCUUGUGCCAUUCAAUAAUGCUGUGCCUGUUGAAGAAUGCAGUUUAGAGGGAGUUGCUGGGCUUAUUCGCUUUGUUGGAUCUGUCAGUGCCUUGGCAUAUUUAGGCCCGAAAGAAUCUGUUUCAGAAGCUAUAUCUGAUCUAAAGGCGGACAUCGUUACAAGUCUAAAAAGCCGGUUGGAUAUCAUCCUUGAUGAGGCAGAUGAUGGCCCUGCCACUGAUGAAGUGGAGAAAUCACCAUCUCAGAAGGUCACUCAAGUUAUAUUUCAUGAGUUGAGAGAACCUUACAGCUUUUCAUUCCCAAGAAGAGUUCUGAUACCUUGGUUGAGUGGCACCUAUGUUUGUGAUUACUUGCAGCAAUCAGAGACAGCAGAGGAUGCUUUGGAUCGCUGCAAGGAAGUGAUAGCACUGGAAACAGCCGUGGAGAGCUCUUCAGUCCUGGAAUCAGAAAGUGCAGCAGCUUGUAGCACGCUGGAGUCCUUUUGGGUUAUGGUGCCUGGAUCUCACAGCGGAGGACAAGGUGGAUCCAGCAAGCUCAAGGACAGUCAUUCUGUACAGAAAGAUGAUUCAAGCAAAAGACAAUCUGGUGGGAAUUUCAACAUCAUAGCCGCUCUGAUUGUGCUACUGGUUGCUCUGCUAGCUGGAUUGAUAUUCACUUUCUCUGCUGGUUCCAGUACCUGAACCCACCUGCACUAUAACCGUGUUGUACCACCAGUAGAUGAGAUACCAAAGAUGUUAGAAACUGUUGAAUAGGGAGUUGAAAUAUUUUUUGUUAGAAGAAAACUGUUUUUACAUUUUUUUUAAAUUUCCUGUUGCCCUUGUUUGCAGCUAAGCUAAAUGUGCUUACUCGCUAAAUGUCUAUAGGACUAUAUACCCUUAUCUUCUCUGUUCUGCCUGCCUGAGAAUGAAUCCUAUCUGUCUAGGCUGCCAAUUGGAUUCCCCCGUCCAAUUGAAGACAGUAGAAAGGUUUAAUUUUCCUUCUGUAUGUAGUCAUGGCAAUGGAAAGAAGGCAAUGAUCGA